AUUGUUGAUUCACAUGCUUCUAUUUGGCUGCAUCAGUUUCUCAAGGCCAUGCGGAGUAGAGAUGGCAAUCUACUUCAUGGUGCACAUAUUAUUGGGUUUUUUAGACGUAUCUGCAAACUGCUCUUUUAUGGCAUUCUGCCAGUGUUUGUAUUUGAUGGAGCGACACCUGCCUUGAAACGACAGACCAUUGCAAGUAGAAGACACCGGAGAGCUACAGUCGAGCAGAGUCUGAGAAAAACUGCAGAAAGAAUCUUGUCUCUACAAUUGCAAAAACGAGCGUUGAUUGUAAACUGGCAACAGAGGAAGAGCUGCGUUCCUUUAUUGCUUUUCAUCUUUGGUAUUCCGUAUAUUGUCGCCACAACUGAAGCCGAAUCGCAAUGCGCAUUUCUUCAAAAACAAGGUCUUGUUGAAGGGAUAGUGACGGACGAUAGCGAUGUAUUUGUCUUUGGUGGUGAAGUGGUAUACAAAAAUAUGUUUACUCAAACACGAUCUGUGGAAAUUUAUACAAUGGAUAGACUACAAGAACAGUUGGGACUGUCGAGAGAGAAACUGAUUUUGCUGGCGUAUCUUCUUGGAAGUGAUUAUACUCCUGGAUUAGUUGGCAUCGGACCUGUUACUUCUGUCGAGAUUUUAAAUGAAUGGUGCAAUUUGGAUUACAGUAAAGGUGGAAGAAAUUUGGCAAAAAAACUUGAUAUUCCGGAUGGAUUUCCUGAUUUGCGGGUUUUAAAUGCUUACAUAAAUCCUGUAGUUGAUCAAGACCUAACCAAUUUUACUUGGGGAGAGCCAGAUCUAGAAGGUAUCCGUCACUUUCUCGAACAUAAGCUGCAAUGGUCGCACGAGACAGUGGAUCAA